AACCGAGACAUCAGCCACAUCCAUUUCGACACCAACAUGACUGACAAAGAUCACCAACGCCCAGGAAGAGCCAGUAGGAAAUGAGUGGUGUAGAGAGAGGAGUGUGCUGCUGAGAGAGAGGAGAAUCCCCAUAGCGCCACACUGCCAGCAUCGUCCUGUCUCUCCGCCUGUCGCAUCGCCUUUCUCCGGGAUUUAACCCAAGCCUUUCCCACAGCUCUUCCUUUCUAUUCUAGGUUGGUUUUCAUUUCUGUCUUUUAAAGCUCGAAAUGGCAACGCGGAUCGACAAAGAAGCUUGCAGGGACGCCUACAACCUGGUCCGGGAUGAUACCACAGAUAUAAACUGGGCAUCCUUUAAGUAUGAAGGGGCAACAAUUGUGCCAGCAGGACAUGGGACAGAUUAUGAAGAAUUCAAAAGCCAAUGCACAGACGACAACCGUCUGUUUGGUUUUGUGAGGAUCACAACAGGAGAUGCCAUGAGCAAACGGGCCAAGUUCACCCUCAUCACCUGGAUCGGGGAGAACGUGAGUGGACUUCAGAGGGCUAAGAUCAGCACGGACAAAACGCUGGUGAAAGACGUCUGUCAGAAUUUUGCUAAAGAGUUCAUGGUCAGCGAUCUUCGGGAGCUGGAAGAGGACUACAUCCGAAAUGAGCUGAAGAAGGCUGGUGGUGCCAACUACGAUGCUCAGGCUGAAUAGAUUCUAGCAUAUAGAGGAAUGGGGUGGGGGUCAUCAAAACUGGGUGAAUGUGUAGGGUAAACUUUUCAUCUCACACUCUCCUUAAACACCUACGCACACACAUGCACGCACACACACACACACACACACACACA